AUGGAGAAGGGUCUAAGACAUGGAGAUCCACUUUCUCCUCUCCUGUUUGUUCUUGUGGUUGAUGUGUUGCAUAGGAUGUUGGGAGAAGAUGUAAGGAAUGGCCGCAUUGCUCCGUUACUGGUUGAGAGAGAUCAUAUUGAACUGUCACAUCUCCAAUUCGCGGAUGAUACUAUCUUGUUUUUCCCUCUGGAGAUAGAGACAAUUGUGAAUUAUAAGAGAUUGUUGCGUUGUUUUGAGAUGAUGUCGGGUCUGAGUAUCAACUUUGAUAAGUCGCAUCUGAUCUCAGUUAAUUGUGAGCAAGAGUGGGUGGAGCAAGUGUGUGACUUACUGGAGUGCAAGCAAGCGGUAUUGCUUGUUAGAUACCUCGAAAUUUCUUUAGGUGCGAAUCCACUUUUAGUGAAGACGUAG